AUGUAGCAGUGCAGUUCACAUAGUAGGCUAAGAAAGCAAAUAGCUCGCACUCCCAACCUCGCAUAGCUCCAAGUUAUAACAACCAAUAAUUUCUAGAGCCAGAACGUGUGGUGAAAACGCAAGUAGUGAGGAACUGAUGGCAGCUCCGACCAGCCAAACACCAGAGCACCGCUUGAUGCCGCUGAAAGGCCGUGUGGCCAUUGUAACCGGUGGCGCCGGUGGCAUCGGCUCCGUCGUGUCGACCCACCUUGCCUCCCUCGGUGCAAACGUCGUUAUUGGUUAUACCGGCGAUCCUACUCCGGCCGAACAACUGGCCUCCACCAUCAACACCACCUAUGGCGGCGCCAUCGACACCUCGUCCCCCUUGCGGGCCAUCGCAGUCGCCGCCGAUGUAUCGAACGCGGCCCAAGUGAAGUCCUUGUUCGAUGCAGCCGUGGGCACCUUCGGCCCCGAUCUCCACAUCCUCGUCACCGCUGCAGCCGUCAUCGAUGCCGACCACCCGCUCAUCGCCGACACCACGGAAGAAAAAUUUGACUGGAUUUUUAGCAUCAAUGCCAAGGGCACGUUCCUUUGCUGCCGGGAGGCGGCGAACCGGUUGGUGCGCGGCGGGCGCGGGCGGAUCAUCACCUUCACAUCAUCAGCAUUCAGACCGGGCUACGGGGCGUACACGGCGACCAAGGGGGCAGUGGAGGUCAUGACGAGGAUACUGGCGAAGGAGCUCGGAGGGACGGGGAUCACGGUGAACGGGGUGGCACCGGGACCGACGACGACGCCGAUGUUCUACGCCGGGAAGUCGGAGGAGGACGUGGCGGUGUGCCUGGCGGAGACACCCCUGGGUCGGCUGGGCCAGCCGGAGGACAUCGCACCGGUGGUCGGAUUCUUGGCCAGUGAUGCCGGAGGGUGGGUGAACGGCCAGAUCAUACGUGUCAAUGGUGGCAAUGUUUGAGUUGCAUGCAUGCCAAGUUGGAGGACGGUUGAUGAAUAAACCUUAUCCGGUUGAUUUUUUUCCUUUUCUUUGUUUUCUUUUAACUUUUGGGUAAAAUAUCUGGUUGUCCUAAAUGCAUGAUUUGUUUGCUAGGUAAGAAAUAUGGUGAGAUCCAUGUCUGAAACAUUGCUCGUUUAAUGGUUUGGAACUUGGAAGGCCUCCAUUAUAUUUUAUGUAUGUUGACAUGAGAAUUUAAAUAAUGUUAUCUUUGUUAACAUUAUUUUUUAAAAAAAAUGUUAUCUUAGUGUAAUGUUGUUGUAAUGGUGGUAAUGCCAAUUGUUUGGCAUUUGCCUUGUUUAUCUGAAUAAGAUAAUUCUUUAUAAAUUCAUAUAU